CGGAGACCCGUAGCGCGUCUAUAGUCAACGGAGCCAAAGAGGGCGAGUGUAGGAAGACUGAAGGUUAUCUGGUCUUUUAUUUACUUCUACCGGUGCGCACACAUCUAAUCAGAAAAUGCGUGAGUGUAUAUCUGUCCAUGUUGGCCAGGCUGGAGUUCAGAUCGGUAAUGCAUGCUGGGAACUUUACUGCCUAGAACAUGGGAUCCAACCAGAUGGUCAGAUGCCUAGUGACAAAACUAUUGGGGGUGGAGAUGAUUCCUUUAACACUUUCUUUAGUGAAACUGGAGCAGGAAAACAUGUUCCUAGAGCAGUGUUUGUAGACCUGGAAUCUGCAGUCAUAGAUGAGGUUCGUAAUGGGACAUAUAGGCAGCUUUUUCACCCUGAGCAGCUUAUAACUGGUAAAGAGGAUGCUGCCAAUAAUUAUGCACGUGGGCACUACACUGUAGGAAAAGAGAUCAUUGACUUGGUGCUGGAAAGAGUACGGAAACUGGCUGACCAAUGCACAGGUCUCCAGGGUUUUCUGAUUUUCCACAGCUUUGGAGGAGGAACAGGAUCUGGAUUUACAUCCUUGCUUAUGGAGAGACUAUCUGUAGAUUAUGGCAAGAAGUCCAAGUUGGAAUUUGCCAUCUAUCCAGCCCCACAAGUGUCUACAGCUGUGGUUGAACCCUAUAAUUCCAUUCUUACCACACACACUACACUGGAGCACUCUGACUGUGCAUUUAUGGUGGAUAAUGAGGCCAUUUAUGACAUAUGCAGGCGGAACCUCGACAUUGAGCGCCCAACCUACACUAAUUUGAACCGCCUCAUUGGCCAGAUAGUCUCUUCUAUCACAGCCUCCUUGCGCUUUGAUGGGGCCCUCAAUGUGGACUUGACAGAAUUCCAGACCAAUUUGGUGCCUUAUCCUCGUAUACACUUCCCUCUUGUCACGUACUCUCCUAUAAUUUCUGCCGAGAAAGCAUACCAUGAGCAGCUCUCUGUGUCUGAAAUCACAAAUGCCUGUUUUGAACCAUCUAACCAGAUGGUAAAAUGUGACCCACGACACGGCAAGUACAUGGCCUGCUGUAUGUUAUAUCGUGGAGAUGUUGUGCCAAAGGAUGUGAAUGCUGCAAUUGCGGCUAUUAAGACCAAACGUUCUAUACAGUUUGUGGACUGGUGCCCAACAGGUUUUAAGGUGGGAAUAAAUUACCAGCCACCUACUGCGGUUCCAGGUGGUGAUCUUGCCAAAGUUCAGCGCGCAGUCUGUAUGCUCAGCAACACAACAGCUAUUGCCGAAGCCUGGGCACGUCUGGACCAUAAGUUUGACCUUAUGUAUGCAAAACGUGCUUUUGUGCAUUGGUAUGUUGGUGAAGGCAUGGAGGAGGGUGAAUUUUCUGAGGCACGAGAGGAUCUUGCUGCUUUAGAAAAAGAUUAUGAGGAAGUGGGCACAGACUCUAUUGAGGGAGAGGAUGAAGGGGAGGAAUAUUAGUGCCAUUCCAUUGAAGUGCAUUAUACAGAAUGUCAUUCCUGACAUAGCUGCUUGAAAUAAAGGUUUUUAUUCCAAG